GGUUUUAAAUAGACCCGGAAGUUAUGAACUAAAUAAAAUUUGAAAAGUGCAUUGCUGUAAGGGUAAACAGUUCUCGAAAUGAUGAAAGCAGUGAAGAAGGUUUUAUAAGUACAGAAGUUUAAGUAUGAAGGAGGCUAUCAGGACUGGUUGGUUGGUGGUGCUGGUUCUGUCUCCCGCCUGUCUCAGUAUUCCGGCUGAUUAUCUGAUAACUGGUCCUCGUGACAACGACACGUGCGCGGCACUAGGAGGGGUUUGUCAGAAUGACAGUCUGUACUGUACCGGGUCGUACUUCAGCAAUAAGUGCGCAGGUCCAGUCACGACCAGGUGUUGCACGAAGACCAUCACGAUUCGUGACACAAAGGAGUGCAAGGACGUAAUGAUAAUAUCACGUGACUCUUGGGGAGCCCGUCGUCCUGUAAAGGUGCUUCCCCUAAAAACACCGGUUGGGGACUUCUUUAUUCACCACACGGACACCAAAAACUGUACGUCUUCCGACAAAUGUAUCAGCAUCGUCAAAGGCAUCCAGAACUUCCACAUGAACGAUAGACAUUGGUCGGACAUCGCUUACAGUUUCCUGGUAGGUGAGGACGGUCACGUUUAUGAGGGGCGUGGCUGGAAGACAGUAGGAUCACAUACCCUCGGAUGUAACGACGUGAGUUUGGCGGCGUCUAUGAUCGGAGAUUUCAACGACAUGCUACCAAAUGCAGCAGCAUUGUCCGCCGUCAAACGUUUGAUCACGUGUGGUGUCGAGAUCGCACGACUAAGGACAGACUACAGCCUGUUCGGACACAGAGACGUGCGCGACACCGACUGUCCUGGAAACGCUCUGUACAAGAAUAUGUCAUCCUGGACACACUUCCAUCUCCAUGGUCCAGGAUGUCCUAAACUCACGUGAUUACAGUCCGUGUCUUGUAACGCUUCUUGUUGAAGCUUUUGGACAAAAUACCUUAAUUUUGUGUACUUCCAUUAAAACGCAAUAUCACCAUUAUGACGUUAUAGCACACUAGAUAAACUGUCGUUGCAUUGUGACUUCGCGUUGAUUUUCUUUCUAUAGUUCAUGUGUGUAUGUUAAUUGUUUCUGACUAUAUUGUUUAUGUAAACUUUGUAUUCGAGGAAAGCAAGAGAAUAAGAUAGUAAACCACGCUCUCUAAUACAUCAAUGACGUCACAAGUUGUUAUUUUGUUGUUGUUUAGAAUUAAAACGCUGUAGCAGCUGUUUCAUAUCCUGCAUGUGGUACUUAUAUCUAUCCUUGAAGUCUCCAUUGUUUAGGGGCCGCAGUGGUCGAGUGGUUAAGGCGUCUGAUAAUCUCAAUUCAAUUCUUUUAUUCUGUAAGCCAUUUCGGCUUAUAAGACAAAUUACGUGUGUACAAUACAGUUAUUAUAUAACAAUUACAUACAUAGCAUUCAUGCAAUUGAACAUAUACAUGUAAUAAGGAGAGUAAUACAUGCCAGACACACAUAUAUAUAUAGGACUAUGAUACUCGAGAACGUUGCUUAAAUGCGAAAUGUAUGAAUUUUCCUAGAUUGUUUAGUUCUUUAACAUUAUUUACACAAGUAAUUGUAUAAGUUUAAACACACUUGGUUUACGAUAAUAGUAUGGCUUUAAGUAUUUAGAGCGUAUGUUGCAAUAAAAUGGACACUUCAAAAUAAAGUGAAAUUCGUCCUCUAUAUCAUUGAGAUCACAUAGUUCACAUAACCUUUCGGUCCUAGCAGUAUUCGUAUAUCUCCCACUUUCUAUCUUAAGGUUAUGUGAUGAUAAUCGAAUACGGGAGAUAUUUUUCUUAUAUAGUUUGUCAAUAAGUUUUCUUAAAUAAAAUUGUAAAUCAAAGUUGUCUACCAAGUGUUGAUACAAUGAUCCUUUGGACGAAUUUCUUAUAUUUGACAAUAUUUCUUGAGUAUGAAUAUCAUAAAAUGUGUGUUCUAUAAUUUUAUACAUAACCUUACUAUCAUAGUUGCUGUUCCAUAAAUACCCCAAACCUA